GCCACGGGAAGCCCGCGGACUGGUGGGCCUUCGGGGUCUUCGUCUUCGAGCUGCUGACCGGCACCACGCCCUUCGUGGGCAGGCCCGCGGACGUGUACCGCCAGGCGUGCCACGACGAGGUCCAGUUCCCGAGCCGCAUGCCGGACGACGAGAGGGACCUCAUCGGCAGGCUGAUGACGAGGGAGCCGUCGAGGCGCCUGGGGAGCAGCGGGAGGCUCGGCGGGGCCUCGGAGGUGAAGGCGCAUCCCUGGUUCCGGACGACUCUGGACUGGGACCGCGUGAUCCAGAAGCGCUACCAGCCCCCACUGGUGCCCUCGUCGAGAUGCCUGGACUACGUCUGCCCAUCCUCCGAGGAUUCGACGGCGGGAUGA